UGACAGUAUGAAACAUUUCCAGUAUAGUCGUGAGGACGACGUCGUCUCAUCUGGGAAGCAUCCCAAGAGAAAAUCUCAAGAUUAGUCAAACUUAAGAAUUGAAGAUUUUAAGACUUGAGAAGAAGGGAAACUCAAGGGAUAAUCGUAAAUCACCAUCAAUGCUUCAUUCCGCGCUACAGUAUCUCUUGUCGUGUUCUUGGCUUUUUCGAUCUUUCUAAACUGAAACCACUUUCCCUUUCAAGUUCGAAUCAAUUCAGAUGAUUCUGGAAUUUUGAUUAAAAGACUUAAAUCUUUGAGAAUUUUGUCGGCUCUUCUCUUCUGGGUUUGGUUCUGAUCAUAGAAAAGGAUACGAUGGAGUCUUCUUUAAUUCAUCAUAUCAUCAUUGUGUUGCUGUUACUCUGGUUCAUCUCUUCCUUGAAUCGAUCCCACGCCUUUUUCUAUUUCCUCGCUCUCAUUUAUCUCUACCUGGUUCACGAACGGUAUGUGAUGAGAUUGAAGAGAAAAUUGCAGUUCGAAGAGAGGAAGCAAGCAAAUCAGAGAAGGGUUCUAUCUGAUUCUGAAUCUGUGAGAUGGAUGAAUUAUGCUGUGGAGAAGAUAUGGCCAAUAUGCAUGGAACAGAUAGCGUCUCAGAAGAUUCUGGGUCCAAUCAUACCUUGGUUCUUGGAAAAAUAUAGACCUUGGACAGCGAAAAAAGCUGUGAUACAGCACCUUUACAUGGGAAGAAACCCACCUCUGUUGACUGAUAUUAGGGUCCUUCGUCAAUCUACGGGUGAUGAUCACUUGGUACUGGAACUUGGUAUGAAUUUUCUCGCAGCAGAUGAUAUGAGUGCAAUACUUGCUGUGAAAUUAAGGAAAAGGCUUGGUUUUGGGAUGUGGACAAAGUUGCAUUUGACAGGAAUGCACGUGGAAGGAAAGGUGUUGAUCGGAGUGAAGUUCCUUCGUCGGUGGCCUUUCUUGGGGCGUUUACGUGUGUGUUUUGCAGAGCCUCCAUAUUUCCAGAUGACUGUUAAACCAAUCUUCACUCAUGGGCUUGAUGUUGCAGUACUCCCAGGUAUCGCAGGAUGGCUAGAUAAACUUCUUUCUAUAGCAUUUGAACAGACCCUUGUUCAGCCAAAUAUGCUUGUUGUUGACAUGGAGAAAUUUGUUAGCCCAACGUCAGAAAAUUGGUUCUUUGUUGAUGAGAAAGAACCGGUUGCACACGUCUUAGUUGAAGUCUUUGAAGCAUCAGAUCUUAAACCAUCUGAUCUAAAUGGUUUGGCUGAUCCUUAUGUGAAAGGGAAACUUGGUGCUUACCGAUUCAAAACCAAGAUACAGAAGAAAACAUUGUCCCCGAAAUGGCACGAAGAGUUUAAGAUACCAAUCUUUACAUGGGAUUCUCCUAGUAUACUUAACAUUGAAGUUGGAGACAAAGACCGAUUUGUGGAUGAUACCCUUGGUGAAUGUUCAGUGAAUAUUGAAGAGUUUAGAGGCGGCCAAAGAAACGAUAUGUGGUUGUCUCUUCAGAACAUCAAAAUGGGAAGGCUUCAUCUUGCUAUAACAGUAAUUGAGGACAAUGCGAAGUCGAGUGAUGAUCCCUUAAAAAAAGCGAAACUAAACAAGGAAGACAUACAGACUUCUUUUGCUUCUGAUACUACAAAUUUAGGCUCUUUCUCGUCGGACAAAUCUCCAAGUGUUGUGGAUAACUUUGAGCCAAUAAAAAUUGACGGGCAAGAAGAGACUGCAAUAUGGGUUCAAAAACCGGGAGCAGAAGUAUCACAGAUUUGGGAACCAAGAAAAGGUAAGAGUAGACGUCUUGAUAGCCAAAUACAAAGAACCCCUAAUGAUGAAUCAUUGAGCAAUGGAAGCAGCAGCACUGACGACAAUCAAGAGGGAUCAAAGAAUCCAAUGAAGUCUGUUGGUAGAGGAUUGAGGAAAAUCGGGUCAAUGUUUCACAGGAAUGUCAAAAAGGAAGAAUUUUUAAUAGGAAGCAUUGAAGAAGAGUCACAGUCUCAGUCUCCUCGGAUCAAUCUGAAGGCAGUAAACCAAAAGGAUGUUGGACUUAACUUCAUCGUUGAUGACAAUCUCUCGGGUCCACUUUCAGGCAAGAGUUUAGAUGGUGAGAGUUUGGAUGCAGAGGAAAAUUCAGGUAAAGGCCAUAUGAAGGAUGUGGCAAAGAGUUUUCUGAAACAAGCUGAGAAAUCUGCAAAACAGAUAAAGCAUGCGUUUUCCCGUAAAGGAUCCAUGAAACCAAGAGAUGGGCAUAAAGAAAUCGUUCCUGAAUCUGAUUCUGGAACUGAUUCUGAAUCUUCUGAUGAUGAUGAUGCGUUUACCUGUGUAAAGAACCUGGCAACAGAACCAGGAAAACUUACACGCGAUGGGAAUAUUGAAAGAACAGGAGAUGAUGAUCAUGUAGAUUCAACAACAUUAGCAACCGCUAAGGAAGAUUCAAGUGGUGAUAUAUUAGAGGAUUCGACAGAUGUUGAAGCUAAAGAGGAGAAAUUAAAGGAAGCAGCAGAGUCAGAAACUAGAGAUAUGGACACCGCCAUGAACAUCAAAACUGAAGAUGAGAAAGGAGACACGCUUAAAAAUAUCGAAGAAGGGGAAGAAAAGGAAUCAUCUUCAAAGUAAAAACGUAUAUCAUAUGCACAUUAACGUUCAUGUAUAUGUUUCUGUGUUUACUGAAUUCGAAACCUGCGAAUCAAAUGAAGGUUCUUGAGCUUGUUGUAUAAACUAAUUUUUCUUUUCAUCAUCUGUUUUUUUUUCCCUAAUCUUUGACGAUGGUUAAACAACGGCUCUUUUUCAUAGUUUGAACUUUGAAGAAAAUAAGUCAGUUGGCUCCGAAACCUUUAACAGUGUCAAGAAAAAAAUGACAAGAAAUCUUAAUUACAUCAUCUCUGGCACGCAAAAACUUAACAUAUAACAUUCAUAUUCACAUGAUAUUGGAAUAAAUGACUAGAGACGAAAAAACAGAGAAGCAAGAAACAGUUACGAUGAUUAAGCCACGGUGUUAGCCGUCGUAUCAACAUAGCUACCGGUGGUGCUGUUUUCACGACCAUUCUUCUCAAACCAGGCUUGACGAUUGACGAAACCUAGCUAAGACACAACUAAAGAUAUUUUUUUGGUUUUGAACAAAUAAUGAUACUUGAGAAGAAGAAAGCCUAGUAAGGCUAAGUAGAUUACAGAAUCUAUCAUUUUUCGAUCCAUCGAUUGAUCUCUAAAUGAUUUGAUCACGACUCUAUAAUAUAUACUGUACUGUUUCUAAUCAUAUGCAAAAAUGUUUUUG